UGAAACUUGUUGCUAUAAUUAACCUUUCUUCUUCUCCUUCUACAUAUUCCGUAGUAGAGUAGAGGCUCACAAAAGACUAGAAGCUCUCAAAGCGAACAAGGAAAAGAGCACGCCUUGUCGUUCAAAUUAGAGGUAAAAGUCGAGUGGAGCGAAUCCCAUAGUAUUUCGACAUAACCCCAGCUGGUCUAACUUUCUUCCUUGCUUCCUCGCUUCCUUGCCGGUUCCUUGCCCACAACUUCCACCGCUGAUGCAUGGCUGAUGUGCUCUUCUGUAUGUAUGUGUAUGUAUGUAUGUACAUACAAACCCCCUGGACACGCUAGCUCAAAGGACCAUGGAGGUGUCUAUUCAGUUUAAUUUCCCAAACCUGCGAGGAUCGUCCCCUAUUCGGAAUCCUUUGUGCUGCUCAAGCUAUUAAUACUCGACCGCCUCCAUUGACACCGUCUUUCCUUCUUCUUUUCCUCAGCUCAAUCAGCCAUCACCGCUACUUUAGUGAUUUAUCUCAUCUUUGACUUCGGUCGUCCACUCUUUCACAACGCUAUUAUAAGCUUCAAGCUUCUACAUUCUUUUCGCCUUUUUAAGCCGCUUAAACUACUUGUUCGUCUUACGUUCAAUAUCAAAUACAUUCAAAAUGCGUUUCGCCGGAGCCGUUUUCUUCGCUGGUGCCGCUAUGGCCGGCAGCACUCUCUACGAGACUGACUAUGUCACUAUCACUUCUUGUGGCCCUACUGUCACCAACUGCCCGGCCCGGUCUACCGUCACCAGCAGCACCGUCUACCCGGUGUCUAGCUCCGCGACCGUCCCUGGAUACCCCGUUGAGACUCCUUCUCAGCCCGCUGCGAUCCCUUCUUCGUCCCAGCCCGGCUACCCCGUCUCUAGCCCUGUUGCCAGCGUUAGCAGCAGCAGCAGCGCCGUCGUCAGCAGCAGCAGCGUCGUGAGCAGCACCAGCGUCGUGUUCCCUACCACCUCCAGCUUCGGCAACAGCACUGUUCCCUCUUACCCUGUUGCUACUCCUUCUACUCCCGGUGUCCCCUCGGGCCCGGCCAGCAGCCCCUCUGAGUCUACUCCCGCCUACCCUACUGGCCCCGCUGGCUCUCCCUCUGUACCCGCCCCUAGCGUGGCUACGGAGACUGCUCCCUACCCUACCUCGGUGAUCCCCAUCACCUACACCACCUGUGUCCCUACCACCAGUGUCAGCUACUCGACUAUCACCGUCAGCGUCUCUACUCCCACCGGCACUGCCCCCGGUGUUCCUGGUGUUCCCGUCUACCCCACCGGCUCGUACACUGCUUCCAACCCUCCUUCUUACCCCACCAGCAGCCCCCCGAUUCCUACUGCCGGUGCUUCCACCAUGGCUGGCUCUGGUCUCCUCGCCGCUGCUGCCGGUGUCGCCGCUCUUCUCUUCGCUUAAGCGAUCAACUUUGGUUUUCUCUGUUAAUGAUUCGAAAGCCGUGAAAGCAAUGUCAAUAUGAGGCGUGAACUAGAACGGUUCGGUUGCAUAUGUACUUAAUCCUUAAUAGCGUUGAUAGGCCUCGAAUGCCUACGAAAAAUUACUUCAUUCGAUGUUUAUUUCCCAA